AUGGGGGAGAUGAGGACGGUGAGGUCCGUCAUGGCGGUGGUGAGAAGAGAAAACAAAGGACCUUCCAAAGGCACCACCACAAUGACCCACCUACCCACCGAACUCUGGCUUCGCAUCGCCUAUUUCGUACCCGACGUCGACCUCUUUCGUCUGGCAUCCGUGAACCACCUCUUUCACGACCUCGUAACCGACAGGCGGUAUCGCCAGCUCGUCAUUGACGAUGACAGGCCCCUACACCUUAUCCACAAGUUGACCCGGAUCGAACGAGAUCCAUCGGUCGCUGCACGAGUACAAUCGUUAACCAUUCACCCAAAGGCCGUACGGUCUGCCUGCCUGAGAUCCAGUAGGAAUACCUGGCUUAUCCGUCCAGGGAAGAAUGUGCACUGGCCAGAUGCGUUUCGGCUUCGCACUGAACGCUUCGCAAUCGAGGAGGACAUCGAGCUCGCGGACCGAUUCCUCGAUGCGGUCGCCAAACUCGACAGGAUCGAAGAAUACAUCAUCGAAUGGAAACAAGGCGUUGAAGCGGAGCGGACCUUCUGCCUGCCUCUCCUGACCGCCGUUUGGCCUCUGCACUCGCAGAACCUGCGCACGAUCAAGCUCGACAUGAUGCUCAGUCACCUCUGCGACAUGCUCUCCACCGUUUCGGGGCUCGACCGCCUGCAAGACCUCUCCCUUCGCUUCACCUGCAAUGACUCCCGCUUCGGGCCCUGGGGCGGGCCUGGGUACGAAGCAAAGUACGCCUUCGAGCAGCUCGCCACAUUUAUGAACCGCCUCGCACUCACCCUGCAAUCGCUUGCGAUUUACUCUAUUGGGCACCUCAACUUUUCAUGGCUUUUCGCCAGCCUGACGUUAUUCCCGAAGAUGAAGUCGCUGUCGUUGCAAGUUCCGUGCGACCCACGUCAUGUCAUCGACCCGACAGGUCUGCACCACUUCCUCCGUGCGCACCAUGCCGUGGAACAUUUCAAUUUUGCACCGCAGUACUGCUGCCACCAGUCGACGCAAGACCCCGACCCGGCGAUAUCGCAUGGGUGUGCGUCGACGGAGGAUUGGCUGAAUAGGGCUUUCGGCGGGCUCAGCUUCGAGGGUCUGGAGAGCCUGGAGCUUGGGCUGAAUAUAUUGGGCUCGGGCGGCAAGCGAGUGAUGCCGCCUGUGCCACGCAUUGGAGGGGCAGCGAAGAGUGUCCGGUCGUUGGGUAUUGUGGGCUGUCUAAUAUCGUUGCAGGACCUGAAGGCAGUGCUUGACCCAUUCAAGAUGGCCAACCCACGCACACUCGUCAUCGAAGUGCAUGUUCUUGACCUCAAUUUAUUGGAUCUCCUCGCGAGUUCUCUCCCGGAUUUGGAACGGCUCGACUUGACAUAUCGAUGGGUGGGGAGUUCAGGCUGCACGGAUGAGGCAGCUCUCGUGAAGUCGUUGCAAGGCAAACAACUCUCUCAAUGGAAACUCUGGCAGCUCGUUCUCCGAUGCUCCCGACAGAACGACGACGCACGUUGGCCAUGCCAGCAGGCCAUUUCUAAUUGUAUACCUGGCUUGCAAUGA